AUGAGUCGGCAAACGCUUUCAUGGACGCCGGCCAACGCCGAGAGGAUUGUAGAUACACUGUGUAAAGUUAGAGGAGCCGCCUUGAAGCUAGGCCAGCUGCUUAGCCUGCAAGACGAUGCCGUGAUCUCACCAGAAUUACAACGCAUCUUCGAACGUGUGAGGCAGUCGGCAGACUUCAUGCCCUCGUGGCAAGUGGCCAAAGUGAUGACGUCACAACUAGGGCCCAAUUGGCGGGACAUGGUCGCUAGUUUUGAGGACAAACCCUUCGCAGCUGCUUCGAUAGGUCAAGUGCAUUUAGCCGUACUCCACAGUGGUCAGGAGGUGGCCAUGAAAGUUCAAUACCCUGGUGUGGCUAAAGGCAUUAAUAGUGACAUUGAUAAUUUGGUUGGAGUCAUGAAGGUAUGGAACAUAUUCCCAAGGUUCAAGAAACUACUGGCUCCGUACCCUGAGUACUUUGUGCCUGAUGUUAUAGACGAGCUGUGUGCUCAAGAGGUGAUAACAACAGAGUUGAUAGAGGGAGUCCCCCUGGACAAGUUGUUCGACGCGCCUUACGAGAUUCGCAUCGACAUCGCAUACAAGAUCAUGCAGCUGUGCCUCAGAGAGAUGUUUGUGUUGAGGUGUAUGCAGACUGAUCCCAAUUGGGCUAACUUCUUCUACAAUCCAGCUACGAAGCAGGUGAUUCUCCUCGACUUUGGCGCUACUCGGGUGUACUCGAAGGAAUUUAUGGAUACGUACAUUGAAAUAAUUCACGCGGCUUCCUGUGGCGAUAGAGACGCCAUCUUGCGAAUGUCGCGGGACAUGAAGUUUCUUACCGGCUAUGAGUCCAAGAUAAUGGAACAAACUCACGUGGACACCGUAAUGAUCAUGGGCGAGGUCUUCACCAGUAGUUCUGGAGAAUUCGACUUCGGUACCCAGCAAACCACCAAACGGAUCCAAGCCCUCGUCCCUACUAUACUCACACACAGAUUAUGUCCCCCACCAGAGGAAAUUUACUCUUUACACAGAAAGUUGUCUGGAGUGUUCCUCCUCUGUUCCAAGUUGAAGGUGAAGAUGAACUGUAGGGACAUGUUCCAGGAUAUUUAUGAGCAGUACAAGGCUAAUAGUUUAAGAUAA